AUGGCUCAAAAACUGGUCUACUUGGGAUGGAGGCGUCAGAAAUGAUGGAUGAAGUUUGGGAUUAUAUAUCUUGUGAUACACAAUACUCAACUUCAACUACUAUUUUGAAAGAAAAACUUGACACUAUGAGAAGAGAAUUCCGAUACUUUUACCCACCGGAUCUUCGGGUUUCUGGUAAAGAUCUAAUACCAAAUCAUUUGACAUUUUUCAUAUAUAAUCAUGUCUACAUAUUUCCUGAAAAACAUUGGCCUCGUGAAGGAUAUGGUGCGGAUGCAUCAAGAAUUAGUUUGGCAGAUGCAG